AUGCCAGUAUUUAUAUGGCAGCGAGACCUCUCGCUGCUCGGGGCUCAAAACUCUUUUUUUGGUCUCCGAACGCCGACCGCUGUUUCUCUUCUUCUUUUCCCUCAACUACCCCGGACUCAUCCCUUAUCCCAUGCAGAAUAUGCAACAAUGACCCCGUCUACAGACGACCAAAAAUUCAAAGGCUACUCUUGCUUGACUUGUCGGCAGCGAAAGGUCAAAUGCGACCGGCGUGCUCCGUGCUGCAACUGCAUCAAGGCCGACAAGCAAUGCACCUUCGUUCCCCCGGCGCGCGGGAAACGAAAAAGAACGAAACCUCCCCGAGAAGGUCUGCAUGCCAAACUGGAACGGUACGAGAAACUACUGAGUUUGCAUGGCAUCAAGACUGAGCCAUCCGAUGAUUUGGAUGACUCUGGCUCCGAAUCUGAUGCGUGCAUGGACGAGGAUGUCAACACCGUGGACACCCCACGGUCCACACUCGAGGAGACGAAACCAAAACUCAUCAUCCGAGAAGGCUUUCAACAUCCAGAAGCCGGUGGGCCUGUGGAUGAACCGCUCUCCGACCAAAACGCGCUGUUCUUCGGACAGAAUGAGAAAGUCGAAGAUCUCGCAAGCCUCCACCCGCCUGUGCAGAUACUGCCGAAGCUAAGGGAUAUAUACGCGGAUCGGGUUGACCCUCUGGUUAAAAUCCUGCAUCUUCCGACCUUCUUGGCUACGUUGGAGAACGGACUGCGACAUCCGUCGGGGCGAUCCGACAGCCUCGAGGCUAUCAUGUUCGCUUUCUACCUGGCGGUUGUUAGUACUCUCGACGAAGACGAGUGCCAAGAUCUAUUUGGAGUCUCAGAAGCGGUCAUACAUUCCCGCUAUAGACUCGCAACCCGACAAGCUUUGGUCAAUGCCGGAUUCCUGUCGACUUCCAAUCCACUGACUCUUCAGGCAUAUGUAUUGUUUAUGAUGUGUGUCCGGAAGAGUUACCCAUGCGACACUUUAUUUGUCCUGUCCGGCGUCUCCAUCCGGCUGGCACGCAAAAUGGGACUCCAUCGCAAUGGUUCACUUCUCGGUCUCUCGCCGUUUGACGCAGAAAUGCGAAGACGACUAUGGUGGCAUUUGGUCCAUGUGGACUUUCUGCUCGCCGAUGUGCUGGGAACCAGACCGUCAAUGGAUAUCUCCUGCGCGGACACCAAAACGCCCCUCAAUGUCCAUGACGCGGAUCUGCAUCCGGACAUGACCGAUCUGCCGCCUGAACGCCACGGCAUCACCAAUAUCUCCCUUUGCCUCAUCAGAUACCAGAUCAUGGUCUCUUUGCAUGAUUUCUCAACAUCUUCCCCUGCCGAUAUGCGCUGGGAAGUAUUACUUGGGCCCAAUGUCCCUCCCGCCAAAAAGGACCAUAUCAUCAGCCAAAUCGAGGAUCAUCUAGAACAAAAGUACUUGCGGUAUUGUGACCCGGCAAACCCACUCCAUACUUUCGUAUCCAUCAUCACCCGAUUCUCCAUAUGCAAGAUGAAGCUCGUUGCUCAUAACCCACGCCAAUUCGCCUGCAGUCCCCCGAAAGAUCUUCAAGCGGAGCGCGAUAUCGUAUUCGCCAACGCCACAAAACUAUUGGAAUAUGUCGCCUUGGUGCAAGGCGGCCAUUGCGGUCUGGAGAAAUACACAAGGCAGAUCGGCACAAGCGCACUGUGGAACGCAAUGCUUUACAUGCUGAUCGAAAUUCGACAUCGCGGAACCGGGCCGGAGGUGGACCGGUCGUGGCAGUUGAUCGGAGUCGUGUUUUCCUGCCCUCGGAUCUUUGGCAGAACCCCUCCCCAGGUGGACACGGUGCUUCGCAAGUGGACGCUGGAGGUUUGGGACCACUAUGUUGCCACUUCGAAGAUUGAGGGGCUGCCAGAACCAUUGACGCCUGAGUAUAUCAAUGAGAUUCGUCGGUGGAUCAGGUCGAGAGGCGAUCUAUCUCGAAACGAACCGCGGGCUGCGGACCGUGAUCCUGUUGCUGAACCUUCGUUCGGCUGCGCCCAAGUACCAUACGAUGGACAUGAAAGGCUUCCUGGUUCCGGAACUCUUGACUCUUACGAGUUUGAUGACAUUUUGUCUUUCGAGAUGGACCCGAAUGAAUGGAUCCAGUGGGAGCAGUUGGUCGCAGGGGGGGCCGCUCCUGAGUGCGCGUAUACAUGCUCUCGAGAAAGACUAGAGUCAUCCAGUUCCAACCCAAACAGCAAUGGACGUAAAUGA